AUGGGGAAAGACGACUUCAAAGUUCGGCUACAGCCGCAAGACGUAGCCAACCAGAAAAAUCCCACGUAUAAAAACGCAGCUAAAAUAUUUAUCCAUCCCACCACUUUUGCUCAAGGGGGCUUCACCACCGCACAUCUCUGCAAUGUCGAAACGGAUGGACCUACUCGGUGGGAGGCCGUUGCGUGGCCGGCUCCAGAUAAGAAUGUUGCCAACAACAUUAUCUCCGUUAGUCGAGUAUUUCAGAAACUGGCCGGUCUAGAAUUAGGCCAGUUCGCUAAGGUUACUCCUGGCAACGGGCCGGUUCCUGACGCCGGGGUGGUCAUCAUGAGAGAAAUAACCCCGGAUCCUCUCCCGCUACCUGCUUCGGAACAGACUAGGUGGCAAUACCAUCUUGAAAGUCGAUUAGAGGUAGCUGAAUUCAUCUUGCCGAGCAUGUCAUUUGAUGAAAUAGUCUUAAACGGGUCAAGACGUUCGUUUGUGGUUAUAUCUGUAAAUGGCAGAACUGAUAGUGUUGCCAAGUACGCUCCCAGAUCUACGGUCGUCGAGUUUUUCAACGAAGACGCUGUCCAGAUUAGGGGUAAAUUGGAAGUUAGCCCGCUUCCAGGAAUGAAGCGCCAAAUAGAAGAGCUUAACGAAUUCUUCAACGACUUCGACGUCGAGUUUGAAGGAUAUACUACACCAACUUACUCCUGUGGAGUCGUUAUCUAUGGAAGUCAUGGGACAGGGAAGUCGAUGUUACUUGAUCAUAUCGCUGCGACUAGUUGGGGUAGAGUCGUUCGACUAAGUUAUAAUGAUAAGCCGUCAACUAUCCAUAUCUGUUUUAAAACCGCCCUGGAGCAGCGCAGCCCUACCAUACUUUUAUUAGAUGAUAUAACAAAGUUAAUAGGCAAGGAGCAGUCGAAUCGCCAGGUUAUGGUUGAGACAAUUGGCGAGGGGCUUGAUGCAUUAUCGAAUAGGGCGCGCCAGCAAAAUAGGAGACCGCAUGUUUUAGUCAUUGCUACCUGCCUUGACUUCUUAAACGACAUUCCUCACGCCCUUCAACGACCCGGCCGGUUCGAGGAACAUAUUGCUCUUCCUGUCCCAGAUGCACAAGGACGCAAAGAGAUCAUCCGUUAUCACAAGCCAACAUUCGACCCGGAUCUGUUUGAUCAAUACGUAUCAGAUCUUGGUGACCGGACGCAUGCCUACACCGGCGCGGAUCUACGGAAGGUUCUCUACCGCGCUACAAAGGCAUGGAGGAAGCGAGUGGGAAGCCCUUCCAAGACGGAACCCUUGAUAUGGGACGAUGUGACGAAGGGGCUACAUGAAGUGCGGCCUACAGCUAUGCACGAUAUAAAUCUUAAGCCGCCUACUGUGCGCUGGAGUGAUAUUGGUGGCUACGAGGAAGUCAAGGUUGCCUUACAGAGAGUGCUCAGGCGUCCUACGGGUCCUCGUGCGAGGAUGUCGAAGCCACCAAAGGGCGUUCUUCUCUAUGGCCCACCCGGUUGCUCCAAGACCAUGACCGCCCAAGCCAUGGCGACAGAAUCCGAUUUCAACUUUUUCGCCGUGAAAGGAGGCGAGCUUUUAAACAUGUACGUUGGCGAGACCGAGCGAUCGAUCCGCAACCUGUUCAAGAGAGCACGCGAGGCUAGCCCUAGUAUUAUAUUCUUCGAUGAGUUCGACUCGAUCGCAGGAUCGCGGUCGGGCGGUAGUACAGGUGGAGGCGUGCAAGCGCUCACCACGCUACUUACAGAAAUGGAUGGGUUCGAGCGCAUCGGUGAGGUGUUCGUGCUAGCAGCAACGAAUAAGCCAGAGCUUCUAGACUCGGCAUUACGGCGGCCGGGCCGCUUCGACGAGCUGAUCUAUGUACCGCUACCAGACGCUAAAGCACGCGAGGCCAUUUUUGCCGCCAAAGCUAGGGAGUUGGGUUUCCCGGAAGAUGGGACUGUUGAUCUACCAGAGCUGGCACGCCAGAGUGAGGGGUACUCAGGGGCAGAGGUCGCACGAAUCUGCGACAAGGCGUUCUGGGAUGCGGAUGAGGACGAGGGAGUCUCGGCUAUGGGGGUGCUGCUUACGGCGAUACAGAAGACGCCGAAGUUGGUUACUAGGGAUAUGCUGGAUCAUUAUAGGGACUGGCAGGAGAAGUUUAGGUCGUAG